AUGUCGAAACCGAGCAAGUACCUCCUCCUCUCUCUCCCUAACUCCAUCGUCCCUUCGCACCACCGCGACGAUGCGCUCGAGGCUGUCUCAGCCACCGUCUCCCCGGACACCGCUGCGUCAUUCCCGAUCCCGGAAUUCAAGAUCGGCACACUAGACGCUCUCGUUCAGCAAGCCGACGAGCUCGCCAAGCUCGAGGCCUCCUGCCAGAGUGUGGUUGGAAAGGUUGGCGAUGCUUUGAAGAACAUCCUCGAGGGCGACGAGGCGCAAAUUGAGCAGAUGAAGGUCGUCAAUGAUAAGCCCGUGGACCAAUACUUGCGGACCUUCCAGUGGAACAAAGUCAAGUACAGGGUUGAUAAGCCGCUGGCGGAGUUGAUUGAUCUGCUGCAGAAGGAAGCUGCCAGUAUUGACAGCGAUAUCCGGCAAAAAUACUCCCAAUAUAACCAGGUUAAGAACACGCUAUCUACACUCCAGCGCAAGCAAACAGGAAACCUCUCCACCAAGUCCCUCGCUUCGGUGAUUGAUCCCAAGUCCAUAAUCCAGAACUCCGAAUACAUCGAAACCCACCUGAUCGCCGUGCCCGCGCAGCUGGUCAAAGACUUCCUGCAGACAUAUGAAACGGUUGCCCCCAUGGUUGUUCCGCGGUCUGCACAGCUGGUCGCCUCGGACAGCGAGUUCACGCUGUAUGCCGUGACUUCAUUCAAGAAGCACAGUGUCGAGUUUGUGCACAAGUGCCGUGAGCAGAAAUGGAUCCCGCGCGACUUCAAGUACGUCGAGGGCGGGAAGGAGGAAGAGCGCAAGGAAGUCGAGCGCGUGGGUGGCGACGAGCGAAAGGUAUGGGGCGAGACAUUAAGGCUUGGUCGCACUGCCUGGAGCGAAGCUGUCAUGGUCUGGAUCCAUAUCCUGGUGCUGAGAGUGUUCGUGGAGACUGUCCUGCGGUACGGACUACCAUUGGACUUUGUCUGUGCAUUGGUUCGGACCUCCACGUCGAAGCAAGCAGACCGCGCUAAGCAAAACCUCGAGAAUAAGUUUUCGUACUUGGCCGGCAACGCCUUUGGGCGAGACAAGAAGGGCCGUAUGCAGCGCGAUGACCCGGGUGAGAUGCACGCCACCGGCGAGGCCAGCGCGGAGUACACACCCUACGUGUUUUAUGAAUUCGAGUUCAACUAA